AUGAAACAACAUCGUAGUAGCGGUUGGCGUUGUUGGCCCCAGGAUUUUUGUUGCUAUUUUAAUGCCAUUCCAAGGGAUUUGCAACUUGAAAUUUUCAAAAAGCUUGAUGCAAUUAGCAUUGGAACGUGUAGACUUGUUUCGAAGUUGUGGAACAAAAUUCUUACGGGUAAUCAGACGAUGUUGAUGCUACGCGAAACUCAUUUAGUUUCAAGUCAUUGUGAUAUAUUGUUUGUGUGUCAAGCAACAAGUAAGGAAUCAGAUAUUAAUUUGAUAAAGUUCAACGUGGUGUCUACAAAAAAUAAUGAAGUGUCGUUCAUCAACAAAAGGAUGCAUGCUUAUAUUCAUCACGAUGAUAUUCGUCUUGUGAUGCCGAUUACAUGUGAUUUGGUGGCUUUGCGGACGGCAUAUACUGUUCGGAUAUUGAAUCCUACAACCGGAGAAGUUCGGGAGUUGUCGCAACCGUUUGAUGCAAAGAGUGUUAUUGAUUAUGUGUUUUGGUCUUUCAAUUUUGGUUUUGCACCUGGUAUAGAUGAAUAUGUGGUGUUUAUCUUGCGUAUGCUUCGCGACCAAACAAUGGAAGGGAGGAUGUUGAAUUGGAGGCUCAAUGAGGUAUUAACUUCUAAAAAGAGAGCGUGGAAAGACGUAUGUGAUCGUUGUCCACAUGUCGUCAAUAGCGGAAUAGUGGUGGAUCGAUAUGUUUAUUUACCGAUUUGUAAAAGCUCAAACUAUGGGGUGGAGGGUUUUACAGAAGAUGAGGAGUUGGUGUCUUUUGAUAUAUGUCAGCAAAAGUUUGAAAUUAUUUAUGGACCUGGUGGUGCGUCAUGGAACGCUAAGGAUUGUGGUGUGGACAAAGAUCUUGUGCUUUUGGAUCUUAAUGGGUUGCUUUGUAUUACAAAUCCUUGGUACAUUAUUGUUAAACGUUAUUUUGAAAUUUGGUCUUGGAAAAAGAAGGGUGACGGCAACGGUGAAGUUGAUGUAUGGUGUUGGAAUAUGGAGUUCAAUACUUAUAUGUCAUUUUGUACACCUGAGGGGUUGCCGAUAACUCCUCUUUCAGCUCCUUUUGAGCGUAAUUGGAUUCGGUGUUUCUUUUUAUGCUUGUCGACAAGGACUUUCGGAAUGGAAGGAAAUCGUUUCAGGCGGCGACUUUGGUGCUUCUUGGAGUUGGACCUUUCUUUUGAUAACAUUCCAAACGAAUUGGCUAUUGAAAUCUUCAAAAAGCUUGAUGUGAUUAGUAUUCGUAGAAUGGACAAUGAGGUUACAAUCAUUAACGAACAGAUGCGUGUGUUUAUCUGUGAGCGUAGGGUCCAUCGUGUGUUACCUAUAACUUGCGACCUAAUUGGAUUGCAAAUGGCGUAUACAAUGAAGGUAUUGAAUCCAACUACUGGAAGAGUGCGGAAGUUGCUAGAACCAUUUAUUUCUAAGGGUAAUAAAGAUUAUGUGUAUUGGUCUUUCAAUUUUGGUUUAUCGUCUUGGAUGGGAGAGUACGUGGUACUUAUAUUGCACAUGCUUUGGGAUCGUACUAUGGAGGCGAGGAUGAUGAGUUGGAGGUUCAAUGAGAAAUUAAGUCCUCGUAAGAAAGUGUGGCGGGAUGUCGCUGGCCAUUGUCCACGUUCUGUUGAUAACGGUUUGGUGAUUGGUCGACAUGCUUAUAUGCCGGUAGAUAGGUAUUUGAAUAAAGAUGUGAAGGGAUUUUCAGAAGAGGAGAUUCUAGUUUCAUUUGACAUAUCUGAUCAGAGGUUUGAAAUUAUUUGUGCACCUGAAGGGGCUUCAUGGAGCGCUCAGGAUUAUACUCUGGACAAAAGAGUUGUGUUGUUGGAUCUUAACGGGGUUCUCUGUGUAGCUAAUCCUGGUUACGUUCUUCUGAAGCGUCAUUUUGAGAUUUGGUCUUGGAAGAGGUUCCCUAGGACUAGUGAUGCAGGAGAUGCGUGGGGCUGGAAUUUGGAGUUCAACACUUAUAUGCCUAUGUCUAUGGAGAUGUGGAUUCCGAUGACCCCUCUUCCAGCACCUUUUGAUCAUAAUUGGAUGCGGACGUUGUUUUUAUGCCCUAAGGCAUCAUUUCGCGGAGAGUUCCUUAUGAGUGGCUAUGAUUAUAGCAAUUACAUUAUAUUUGAUCCUGUUAGCGGAUGCUAUAGAGAUGUUAAGAAACCUCCCCUUUUUGAGGACAAGUUUGAUGUCUCGGUUGGGUUUUAUUGGCCACGUUCGGCACAUUUUUAG